GAUGGAGCCAUGGCAGCAUGAGUCGGCCCUAUGAACUGCCCAUCAAAGAUGCUCAGGCCUGCUGCUCUGACCUAACAUUGACCUCUGCCCCCAAUGACCCUGUCUCCCCCUGCUCAAAGCACCAUAACCGCAAUUCAAGACUAGACCCUCCACAUGCCAUGCAGCUGUCCACCGCCCCUGCCCUCAAAUCUACAUCCACCUAUGGGUUCAUCAAGGACCUAUCUUCCUCCUACAGCCCUCUGGGAAGGCUACAGCACCUGACCACCAUGGUCAGCCACCCGGACCUGGUCCUACCUGGAGUCGGGGAGAGGGCCUCCCAGGGCUCCAGGGAAGACUCGCAUACCCGGAAUGCUGUAAAUUCCUUGGCCCUCACACCUCCCCAGCCAGGCAGCAGAGACACAGACACCAGUAAGACUAAUCUUAGUGUGGAGAAGAAGAGUGACUGUUGCUUCUCUGACCCACCCAGUCCAGCCUUCUCACUGGAUAGCAACAGCCCCUUUGCGAAUGGCUACCUGCAUUUUGAGUCCACUUUGUUUGAUGAUGAUGAUGAUGAUGCAGAGGAUGAUGAGGAUAUAGCUUUACCUCUGACAGACAGACAGAGAAAGGUUGGAAAGUCACCUGAACCUCUUCCUGGAUUUUUAAACUUGAAGGUCAAAAAUAUACCGGAGCCAGGGCUGUCUGUGGGUAAAGGCUUGCAGUCCCCUGGUGUCCCCCCAUUUACAGCACAUGAUGGGUCAAACGAGGACUGGGGGAGUGACUGUGAGCCGCUCUCUCUUGGGAAUAGCCCCUCUGGGCCUGCAAUGGCAAGUCCUACUACUGACCUUUUACAUAACAUGGCUAUUCACAGCAACAUCAUACAGUACCCAACAGCCCUCAUAUUUAAAUCCUGUAUGUCACAGUUCUGGCCUAGGUACUUCCUUGUCAGUCCAUAUCACCUGUUUUACUGUGCAACAUAAAUUGUCAAGCUUAUGGGUUUUGAUUGUAUGUGAAAUGUUAAUGAAGAUAGUGAGAGGCCUAAAUUCUGGUUAAUUAGCCAGAAAGGUCAAGCAAGGUCACUUCCUCUAUAAUAGAUAAGCUCCUCAUACUGUAGCCGGAGAGGAUCCAUGUCAUUCAGUUCCUGUUUGGCUCAGUAUACGCCAGCAUCUCAUGGUAAAUUAUAGUCAAUAGUUCUACCUUUUGCAAUCAAUAAAAGAUCUGCACAGAGAAACGUCAUUAGUCAGCCCAUAUCCAGAGCUUUGUUUAUUCUCUGGGAUGUUUGCAUGAUCAGUUGAUAGGGUGAUUCCUCAUUAAACUAGAACAAAAAAUGACCAUGAUUUUUUGGAUAUUCACAAAAUGUAAUCCAUAGAAGGGUUCGUUAGAGGAAGGAUUCUUGACAUAUAUUUGACAUUUGUAUCUAAAAGCAUACCACCCAGGCCUCCUUUAAGACUCCUUAAUGUUUCAUCUGUAUGUCCUACAAAGCAAAAAAUGGUGUCAUAUGAAGCUUUACCGCUUGCUCUGUAAUAUGAGUAGUAUUUUGAUUUUAAGAAAAAAUGUCUUACAUUCAUUUAUGAAUAUUGAAACAUAUCAACAUGAAUAUUGAAAAUAAACCAUAUUUGAUUUGGCAAAUGUUUUAAUAUAUUGUUGAACAUAAUAUGUUCUACGGGCAUAUCAAAGUUCCAGAGUGGGAUCUCUGCUGGUUUUAAAGUUAUGGCCCAUUUUAUACAGAGAAAUUGCCAUAGUAGGCAAUGUAACCACAGCCCUCCUUGUUUAAUUGCACAUCCUGCAAUUCAUGAGCAGAGGGCGAACAUUUAAAAUCCAUUUUCACAUUCACUGUGUUGGUAAUGCUUACAAAUUGGAUCAUAACUCUAAAAGUAGAAGAGAUCCCACUCUGGAACUUUCAAUGCCCGUGGAGUUUAUUAUGUUCAACAAUAUAUAUUACAUUUUUUUGCCAAAUCAAAAGAUUUAUAUUUUCAAUAUUCAUAAAUUAAUGUAAGAAAAUUGUUAUUGAAAUCAAAAUACUACUCAUAUUACAGAGCAAGUGGUAAAGCUUCAUAUGACACCAUACACCUGGGUAAGGUCAAAAUGUCACAAAUAUUCCAACUUUUAAUUAAUUAAUUAUGUCUCAAUUAUUCUUUAAGAUACAAAUGUUAAAUAUACUGUAUGUCAACAAUCCUUCCUCCAAAGAACCCUUCUAUGGAUUUAAUUGAGGGAAAAUCCCUCAAAUCAUGGUCGGUUUUAUUCUAUAUAGUUUCGUGAGGAAUCACCCGUUAGUAAAGUUGACUGACAUCUAGGCCAGAGAGUGUGCACAGAGCUGAUAUAUGCAUUUAGAGUGUUUAAAAAACAUUUCUUAAAUAUUUUAAAAGAUAGUUGAUUAUAUAAUAUCGGUUUGCACUAUGUUGCAUCUGGUGAAAAUUAGAAUAGAGUUGUAAGGAUUUAACUUUACCUAUUCACGCCGGCUCUCUCAUGCGCCAGCAAUUCGAGACUGGGGACGAGGUUAAACUUUACCUAACCUAAUUUACCUCCUAAUACACUUCAAUAGCAACCAGAUUGGUUGUAGAUGUAUCAUGACUGUGGUCCUGGCCACUCAGCAACAUAUAGUCUUGGAAAAUAUUGGAAUGCUUGUAUAUGUUUGAAGAUAAAGAUUUUGACCCAAUUUUUACAGACAUAUUUGCAUAUUUAAAUGAGCAUGUACAUUCUGAUAUAGUAAUGUAAUACAUAACAUGAUUUUUAAACCUUUUGAAACAUGUCUUGAAGUAAUUUAAAUAUUGACUUAUUUGGUGUCUGUCAACAGAUGGGCAGCCCAAAGAAGAAGUCCUUUCCACCUGUAAAGUUUUUAGAGGGUGAAGUUAUAUGGGCAAAGUUCAACCGAAGACCCUGGUGGCCUUGUGAGGUGACCGUUGACCCACUACAGGGAACCUACAACAAAAUGAAAGGUAUGCCCUGGUCCUUGAUAUUAUUUUAACAAGCCAUUGUUUGGUUUGAGCUGAUCUUGUUGAACAGAUUUGCACUACCAUGGAAGUCUUGUGUUUCGCAUUCCACUUUUCAUAUCAUGCUCUUGCAAAAUAUAUGUUAUAUCUGUGAUAAAGGUUAAAUUAAUAUAAAAUCUACAAACACUAAUACCAAGUGGCCUUGGUCCUUUGCUCCUGUGUGAUGAUGUUGCAGAGCCCAGUGACAGGCCUUGUCGGCAGUACCACAUCAGGACCUUUGGGCAGCCUGUGGAACUGGCCUGGGUCACAGGGAAAGCUAUACACACAUUUAAUGGAGGCUUUGAGUUCGAACAGCUCCCCUUGCUGCGCAGGAGAGGAAGGCAAAGGGACGAAGACUACAAAUACAUUGUAAUUAUGUGGCACAGCUUUUGUAUAUGUUGGACAAUAAUGAAUCAUGUUUUAACUGAAUGUAUCUAAAAAUACAAACAUUUGUGAUUACAGAAAAGCUUUAUUUGCCUUCAUAGAUACCCAAGAGGUUUAAUGCAUCUUGGAAAACCAGUGUGGCUGAAGCAGAAUCUGUCCUCCCAGAGCGACCCAAAAUGGGUGUCUCUAUACCUGACUCCCUAUCUACAACCCUCUAUGAUGUGUCCACAUCAGAAAAAGAGGGCAAGGCUCUUCCAACUACCCCUUCCAAUCCACCCAACUGUAUACACCCUGCACCAAGCAACUUAACAAAUGGAACUCUGUCACCACACAGUAAACAUUCCCCAACAAAAGGAAGCACUUCCAAGAAGCCUCAAAGCAAGAAGAAGCCAAGUAAAGCAUUUAAAUCUAUAAAUGAGUGCUUGAACACCAAAACAACAUUUGACAGCACUGACAAGCCAGAGGGGGACAUAAAAGAAUGUCCGUAUUCGGACCUUGACUCUAUCCCCAAUAUUUUGUGUCCUAAAGCACUUGAGCGUCAAUCCAAGCCCGCUCAGACUCAGCCCUCAGUUCCAGUAGUAAAAGAGGUGAAGAAGCAUCCUGAAGGACACAGUCGACUGUGGUUCAGCAAACCAGGAAAAGACAGGCGACUCAACACUACCGCCUCCUUAUCUAACCACAGUGCCUUCAGCAAGGGCCCCUGCAAGAAAAAGACUCAAACUGCAGCUGCUGUCAACAGAAAGACUCAAGUGUCCAGUGCGGCCAUCAAGGAAUGCUCUAUUGAUCAGUUGAAGACUCCAGUGUCCAGUGUAAUAGUCAAAGAACACCCUGCUGAUCAGUUGAAGACUCCAGUGUCGAAUGCAACAGUCAAAGAAAUUACUGGUGAUCAGUUGAAGACUCCAGGGUAUAGCGUAACAGUCAAAGAAUGUCCUGUUGAUCAGUUGAAGACUCCAGUCUCAAGUGUGCCCGAGCUCCCUGAUGAGUCGAAGGCCCUGCGCAAGCAGCUUGCACAUCUGCCAGCUAGCAACCGCCUAAUGACCAGAGCUCUUAAAGCUAUGGAGUUAGCAGAGCGGAAACAGAAUCUGUUCUUCAGCCCAAAGCCUGGCUGUUUCCUUCCUAUCACCAAGACAGAGGAGGAGAUGUCAUCUUCCACAAACACUCCUUCUGAUAAACCAGAGACCAAAACAGACUGUGAUACAGAGGACAAACCUUUAAAGGUUGACAAUGAUAAUCAGAUCACUGCUUUGCCAAAUUGGUCCUCCUCAAAGUUCACCAGGUUGAAGGACUUUGAAGCAGAGGUUAAGACUGAAGAUGAGGGCUUCUUGAUAUCCCAGAUGCCUGUGGACUUCAUACCUCUGACUUCUGGGAAGGCAAAGAAAAAUAACUGUGUGUCUGACAUCUCCUCCUGUUCCUCGCCAUGCUUCUCUCCCAUGGACGCCUUCAAAGACAUUAAAGAGUUAUCCUUCAAGUCCCUGGAAUCAAGUGAGGGUGAUGGGAAACCUGUGUCUUUUAAACCAGACACUAACUACAAGUUCAGUACUUUCCUCAUGCUGCUGAAGGACAUGCACGAUACCAGGGAGAAAGAUGGAACUCCCUUGGAGCUAGAAAUCGGACCACCCAGUGCCCAUGUAAAAGAGGAGCCUUCCGUGAUUCCACCCUUACUGGGAGAGGAGUCACUCGGUCAAGGCCCGAGUCUCAGCAAAAGUCAACAAGGCAAGAGCAAAACCAAGGUCAAACCCAAGUCUUCUCUGAAGGUAGAAAUUCCACAACUUGAAGGCAGCACAAACCAGGGCGUGAAAAGGCUAGCCAAAAAGAGAGGCUCGUCCGGGACAAAAAAGAAACCGAAUGGAAAAGUGCCUUGUGGUAAGAGGUCUCCUGGACCUGGCUACCUUGGGAUGGAGGCCUCGCACCCCCUUCCGAGCAAUUCUUGGGAGAAGUUUGACCAGGAUUUAGAGACAUUAGGGGGGGUGGGGGAGGGCUGCAGUAGGCUAACGAAUGAGAGACUACAGAACAUGGUGCAUUUGGAGCAGGGUGGUGUAGAACCAUCAGUGUCCUUUCAGCCAAAGACAGUGUUGGACCAGCAGACUAUCCCUGCUACAAUCUCUUCAAACACUACACAAAGUACUGGGGAAGGCCAGGAGGCUCCCACAGGUAAAUAAGAGUUUUUGUUAUUUCCUUGGUUUGACAGAAGGGUAUCCCAAAGGAGAUAAUUACUGAUCAAUGCAUUAACUUUGCUUCUGGAGUCAUAAUGAAAAUAUCAACGUCUAUGAAGUAAAAGUGUCCGAUGCAGGGCCAUGAUCUUCUGUAGAUCAUGAAAUGUAAUGAUUUUACAUGUGUGGCAUAGUCAUACUUUUUGCACACUUAUCUUCAACAGCACAUAAACGAAUUCGAAAACCAAGCAAAAGACUCAUAGAAUGGACAGAAGAGUACGGUCAAGUAAUCUCCACAAGGAAGAAACAGAAAAAGCCCCUCCAGUCUUUGGGAAAGGUAGAUCACUCAAACAUAUUACAUCUCUUGGAUUUUCAGGGUUUUGUAUUAUGAUCCCAGCUCUAUAUCCUCUUCAUGUUUUUCCAGGUGGCACAUUCCAACAGCAACAAACCAGAUCCCCUACCAUCAGGGAAAACCACACAUGACCAUGCCCCUCUGAACCCACUUCCUGAAAUACAAACUCUGCCCCCAGAUGAACCAUCCAAGACCCCCACUGGACAAGCCCCUCCCCCAAUAGAGAACACUCCCCCUCAGGAUGCACCUAUCCUGUCCAUAGAUACUCUAAUCCCGCCCCCUUCGCUGUUGAGUGACGGUCUGACGAAGAAUGUUGGUAAGAAACUAUUUACAUAUCAAAUGUAUACUUUGGUUGGAUUGCAUAAAAUUACAAAAAGGUUUCACAAUGCAAUGUGCCGUGAAACCAAGGAAUUGCUGUUUUUAUUACAUUACUCCUCUGUAGUAGUAGUCAUUAUCCCAGAUGUGUGUAAAGGUCCAUAGUAACACUGUUGUCUUGUGGCAGGUGACAUUCCUUACUUGGAAACCAUCCAUAAGAGACAGAGGAAACCAACUCCGAAGAUUAUGGAGGCUGCCACAAUUCCAAAGAAGAGGGUAUGGAUGUGUUAGGGAAUGGUUGUGCUUUGCUCAUUAAGGAUUUUUGGUAUCUGAUGGUUCCAUUGAUUUUCACAGUAAGGAAGGCCUUAAAACAGGGGUUGACUGGUUAAUUAUCUAUUACAGGUCAAGUCCCUGAAGACCAUCUUAUCAAGUCAUGCUGUUCAUUCAGGUCAGUCUACACAGGAAGGAUCUCCCUCAAACUGCCCACAUUACACACUUUUUAAGAGUCUUUCUCACUUUUGAGUAAGAUGAGUAUGGAAAUACCAUCAAGACAUUUGAGACUAUACACUGUUUAUCACAAUUCUUUGUCAUACUGCUGUCAUUUACUUAAUGAUUGUCAAUUCAAAGGGCUGAUUGGUCUUGGGGUCAAAGUUGACUUGACUGUUUUUGUUCCCAGGCUCUGGACAACUCUCCUCUAAAUCAAAGAUCAAGCCACCUACGACAGCCACCCCUGCACCCUCCACAUUUACACCCUGCACCCCUGCCCCCUGCCCCCCGAGCAGCCUGGAGAGCGGGUCAGACUGUGAUGUCACCACGCCCCCCACUGAGGAAACUGAUCUCCAUGACGAUGGGAGGGACACCCUAGAUCCAGAGGUCAGACAAGAGGUCAAAUCUCGAGCUAUAUUUUAUGGUCCAUGUUUGACCCGAUAAUAACAUAGAAAGUACAUGGUAAAAUAGACAUUUCUCAAUAAUUAUCUAAUCAUUUUAAUAACAUUUAAAAUGUUUCUACAUGGAAUCGUGUUAGUGUUUGAACUCUCCUGCUGAUUUUCAUUUUCUUUGCUCCUCAGGGUUUUACAUCCAGUUUGGAUGACAGCUUUUCAUCCAUGAGGGAGGAGUCUUCACUGUGCGAUGAUACACUCUCCCCCAAUAAGAAGAUCAUAGGGGACAGAGGGGGCGCUGCCUCAUUGAAGGAGAAUGUGUGUCAGGUGAGUAGGCCUCACAUCACCAAUGUAUGAGUGGUUACCUUAUGUUGUUUUAAUGUGCAAUACGUGCUUAUGGACUGACUGUAUUUGCUCUUUGCUCAUUGUUUCAGAUAGUUGUGUAAAUGUUGCUGUAAUGUUGUCUAAAUGUUUAUGGUAGGUGUGUGAGAAGACUGGGGAGCUGCUGCUGUGUGAGGGCCAGUGUUGUGGGGCCUUCCACCUCCAGUGUAUCGGCCUCACAGAGCCUCCUAUAGGGAAGUUCAUCUGCCAGGAGUGCAAGUCUGGUGGGUCAAGCACAUAUUCUGUAAAAACACAACCACUCUAUACUCAUUAACCAGGUUUCCAUCCAACCUUUUUAUGGGAGUAUAGUACAUGUCGGAUAAAAAAUGUAAUGACAGGUCUGAUGGAAACAGAACAUUUUUCGGUAAAAUGUUCAAAUGUUGACAAAACUAAAUACGCCAGAAAAGUGGGAACUUUUUGUGUCUGUAAAAUGAAUUAUGCGAGACAUGUCAGUAGAACUGCUUUUAGUGCGCAAAUAUUAAUAUAAUAACCAUCAUAUCGAAGUAAACUUGGAGUCACGCGAUGACAUGUUGUGUGAUCCUGUGUGGUCCUCUGUAGCUCAGCUGGUAGAGCACGGCGCUUGUAAUGCCAAGGUAGUGGGUUCGAUCCCCGGGACCACCCAUACGCAAAAAUGUAUGCACGCAUGACUGUAAGUCGCUUUGGAUAAAAGCGUCUGCUAAAUGGCAUAUUAUUAUUAUUAUUAUCCUCCCACUACGACUCGUCGGGAAAGCAUGCAGUUUAUUAGGCAACAGAUGAGAUAAGUUAUGAUGAACUUCACAGGGAGGUAUUUGUAUUUAUUACGGAUCCCCAUUAGCGGCUGCCAAUGCAGCAGCUACUCUUCCUGGGGUCCAACCACAAUUUACAUACAAUAAAACAAUACAUAACACAACACCUUAUUACACACUACUCUACCAUACCAUAUUGAUAAUACAAAAUCAAUAAUACAGCAAAAUAACAAUAUUAAAUUGUGUUUGUGUAGAGUGCGUGUUAGCAUGUGUUUGCGAAUGCUGAGUGUGUGCCUGUGUGUGUGUGUGUGUGUGUCUCUUCACAGUCCACACUGUUCCAUAAAGUGUAGUUUUAUCUCUUUUGUAAAUCUGAUUUUACUGCUUGACUGAGUUACCUGAUGUGGAAUAGAGUUCCAUGUAGUUAUGGCUCUAUGUAGUACUGUGCGUUUCCCAUAGACUGUUCUGGACUUGGGGACUGUGAAGAGACCUCUGGUGGCAUGUCUCGUAGGGUAGGUAUGUGUGUCCGAGCUGUGUGCCAGCAUUCCAAACAGACAGCUUGGUACAUUCAGCUUGUCUACACCUCUUUAAAAAACAAGCAGUGAUGAAGUCAAUCUCUCUUCCACUCUAAGCCAGGAGAGACUAACAUGCAUGUCAUUAAUGUUAGCUCUCCGUGUACUUUUAAGGGCCAGCCGUGCUGCCCUGUUCUGAGCAAACUGUAAUCUUCCCAAGUCCCUCCUUGUGGCACCUGACCACACUACUGAACAGUAGUCUAGGUGCGACAAAACUAGGGCCUGUAGGACCUGCCUUGUUGAUAGUGUUGUUAAGAAGGCAGAACAGAGCUCAUGGACAUACUUCUCCCCAUCUUAGCUACUGUUGUAUCAAUAUGCUUUGACCAUGACAGUUUAGUCACCUCAACUUGCUCAAUUUCCACAUUAUUCAUUACGAGAUGUAGUUGAGGUUUAGGGUUUAGUGAAUGAUUUGACCCAAAUACAAUGGUUUUAGUUUUGGAAAUAUUUAGGACUAACUUAUUCCUUGCCACCCAUUCCGAAACUAACUGCAACUCUUUAUUAAGUGUUGCAGUUAUUUCAGUUGCUGUAGCAGCUGACGUGUAUAGUGUUGAGUCAUCCGCAUACAUAGACACACUGGCUUUACUCAAGUCGUUAGUAAAGAUGGAAAAAAGUAAGGGGCCUAAACAGCUGCCCUGGGGAAUUCCUGAUUCUACCUGGAUUAAGUUGGAGAGGCUUCCAUUAAAGAACACCCUCUGUGUUUACAUUUUACAUUUUAGUCAUUUAGCAGACGCUCUUAUCCAGAGCGACAUAUAGUUAGUGAGUGCAUACAUUUUUCAUACUGGCCCCCCGUGGGAAUCGAACCCACAACCCUGGCGUUGCAAGCGCCAUGCUCUACAUGCUCUAGACAAGUAACUCUUUAUCCACAUUAUAGCAGGGGGUGUAAAGCCAUAACACAUACGUUUUUCCAGCAGCAGACUAUGAUCAAUAAUGUCAAAAGCCGCACUGAAGUCUAACAAAACAGCCCCCACAAUAUUUGUAUCAUCAAUUUCUCUCAGCCAAUCUACUAUUCUUAGGUAGCAGAAUGACUUUUGCUUCCCUCCAAGCCUUGUGGCACACACAUUCUAGUAUGCUUAAAUUGAAAAUAUGGCAAAUAGGAGUGGCAAUAUCGUCCGCUAUUAUCCUCAGUAAUUUUCCAUCCAAGUUGUCAGACCCCAGUGGCUUGUCAUUGUUAUUAGACAACAAUAAUUUUUUCACCUCUUCCACACUCACUUUACGGAAUUCAAAAUUACAAUGCUUGUCUUUCAUAAUUUGGUCAGAUAUACUUGGAUGUGUAGUGUCAGCAAUUGUUGCUGGCAUAUCAUGCCUAAGUUUGCUAAUUUUGCCAAUGAAAAAAUUAUUAAAGUAGUUUGCAAUAUCAGUUGGUUUUGUGAUGAAUUAGCCAUCUGAUUCAAUUAAUGAGUUUGCCUUUUUUCCCAACAUUUCAUUUAAGGUGCUCCAAAGCUUUCUACUAUCAUUCUUUAUGUCAUUUAUCCUUGUUUCAUAGUGUUGUUUCUUCUUCUUUUUAUUCAGUUUAGUCACAUGAUUUCUCAAUUUGCAAUACGUUUGCCAAUCGGUUGUGCAGCCAGACUUAUUUGCCUUUCCUUUUGCCUCAUCCCUCUCAACCAUACAAUUUUUCAAUUUCAUCAUCAAUCCACAGGGAUUUAACCGUUUUUACAGUCAUUUUCUUAAUGGGUGCAUGCUUAUUAGUAACUGGAAUAAGCAAUUUCAUAAAUGCGUCAAGUGCAGUGUAUGUCUGCUUCUCAUUACACACCACAGACCAACAUAUAUUAUUUACAUCAACAACAUAGGAAUCACAACAAAACUUAUUGUAUGACCUCUUAUAUGCAAUAUUAGGCCCAGCCUUUGGAACUUUGGCUUUCCUAGAUAUGGCUACUAUAUUGUGAUCACUACAUCCAAUGGAUUUGGAUACUGCUUUCAAACAAAUCUCUGCAGCAUUAGUAAAGAUAUGAUCAAUACUUGUUGAUGAUUUAAUCCUGUACUGUUUGUAACUACCCUGGUAGGUUGACUGAUAACCUGAACCAGGUUGCAGGCACUGGUUACAGUUUGAAGCUUUCUCUUGAGUGAGAAGCCUGAUGAAAGCCAGUCAUUAUCAAGCAUUUCACACAUGUUAUCCAAGGUGAUGAUCUUGAUGCUCCUUUCCAAUAAAUAUUGAGGGUCUUAUUCUGGUGACAUGAUCAUCGAUACUUGGCUGCCAUUUGACAAAUAAAAAUAAUCUCGCUCUUUUGUCCAUAAUAAUCUCAUCAUGUAGGCUAUACGUGCCAACACCAGAGUGGGCACACUCGCCAUAUAACGCAACAUUUAUUAAUGAGAAAACCAUCAGUAGAGUUGAAAAUGCGAUGGAAACCCAUUUUAACUUGUAUUUGUUAUUCGGGAAUUUAACCGCAAAAGGUAUUUUUAUGUGCACUACGUCAUCACGGACAGCCUUUUAUCUGAAACAAGUCAAUUUGAUGGAAACACAUCUCUGCUGGGAAAAUGCGCAUAUUGUUUUUAUGAGGAUUUUAGAAUAUUCACAUGAAAAUCUGUCGCCAAUUGGAUGGAAACCUACAGUAGCUAGUGUCAUGUUUUUAAGCCCCAUUCCUGCUCAGACAAAAUUAUGGAAAGACUAUUAUUAGUUGCAUAUAGACUUAUCAGUGUUCUCUCUGAUUGUUUCAUACGCUAUUUUGCUGAUUCUCUCCCCUGUCAUCCUCUCAUCCUAGCAUCAAUCAUUCUCUCUGGCUAGUAAAAGCAAAUCAGUUGAUUAAAGCUGAUGUGUUUGUUGUUAGGUGUCCACACCUGUUUUGCGUGUAAGAAGCCCGGGGAGGACGUGAAGCGCUGUAUGAUCCCAGUGUGUGGGAAGUUCUACCAUGGAGAGUGUAUAGCCAACCAAGCUCCCGCUGCCCCACUGCACCGGGGCUUCCGCUGCUCUCUCCACGUCUGUCUGUCCUGCUUCAUAACCAACCCUGUCAACCCCUCCAUCUCCAAAGGUGGGUGCUGCUCUGCUUCACCUAGCACAGUUCAGUUUAGUUUGGUUCAAUUGCAAUCACCUUAUCUUGGUAACUCCACAGGAGAAAGGAUGAUGUUGGAGUUAGUAAACAGAAACAUUUCUGCAUGUGUUUGUGCUAAAAUAAUUUUUUGCACAAGCAAUUCAGUUCAUUUAAACACCAUGAUAGAAAGACAAACUAAUUGAAGUGAGCUGUGGGAAGUAAAUGUAUACCAAAUAUUCUAACUAACAGCUCAUUCUGCCCGUCUCCCCUGUGUUGUGUGUCCUGUAGGUCGUCUGACGCGCUGUGUGCGCUGCCCUGUGGCGUACCAUGCCAAUGACUACUGCAUGGCAGCGGGCAGUGUGGUCCUGGCCAACAACAGCUUCCUGUGUCCCAACCACUUCACCCCCCGCAGGGGCAUCCGCAACCAUGAACACGUCAACGUCAGCUGGUGCUUUGUCUGCUCCGAAGGUACGCCGGCCUCCACAUAUGUUGGGUUGUUAGAGUCAGAUAUGCAUAGAUACACUCAGUAAAUUCAUACCUAUUAUGUAAUGUACAUUACAUGAUCAGGGUCCAAUUUUCGCAGAACACGUCAUCAGCGUUUUUAUAUACUAGAGCCCAGUUACAUCUCUGUUUACUCCUGUGUGUUUUCAAUCCCGUAGACCAGUUCAGUAGCCAAACUGUUAUUCCUCUCCCAUGCUCCAGGGGGCAGUCUGCUGUGCUGUGAGUCGUGUCCUGCUGCCUUCCACCAGGAGUGUCUGAACAUCGACAUGCCUGAGGGCAGUUGGUUCUGCAACGACUGCCUGGCCGGGAAGAAGCCCCACUAUAAGGACAUCCUGUGGGUCAAAGUGGGCCGAUACAGGUCAGUACAGCCGCCUGGGUACCAACCUUACUGGCUCAGCAUUGGUUUGGCAAAACAACAACAAGUUGGCUAAAGCAGAAACAGAUUGGCAUCCAGCAUAUUAGUAAAAGUUCUCCCCUGCCUAAACCACGUUCCCAAUGCUAAAGUAUCCUAACUCUGAAGUGUUCUGACAUUACUAAACAACCAAGGUACUGAGAACCAAAAUACAUCUGCAUUUCUAUUCACAAUAUGGCAGUGGUUGCAAAAUGGUAGUGUUUUUCUGCCAUGGGCCGUGACCCAUUUUCUUUUCUUAUUCAUAUCGUCUUUCCCUUCCUAUCCUCUGUCUAGGUGGUGGCCUGCGGAGGUCAGCCAUCCCAAGAACAUUCCGGAGAACAUCCUACGUAUGAGACACAACGUAGGAGAGUUCCCUGUGCACUUCUUUGGUUCCAACGACUACCUGUGGACCUACCAGGCCCGAGUCUUCCCCUACAUG